AUGCUGUGGAUUCAGAGGAAGAGGAGGAGGAAGGCCAGCCCUGAGGACCCAGACGCCCACAGGUCAGCAGACGAGAGCUGGAUCAAGUCUCACUUCAGCAGCUUUUCCGAAGAGAACCUGGCCGCCCACCACCCCACCGGCGCCAGCAGCCAGGCGCCCCCGCCCGAGAGCGGGAGGGGCGAGGCCAGCACCACCGUGCACAUGGAGACCCUCACCACGAGGCACGGAGAGGCGGGCCCCGCCCUGCGCCGGGAGUCCUUCACCAGCCGGCAGAGGACGGCUGGGUCCUCGGUGGUCAAAGAGACCCACACAGAGUCUGGAAAAUCCUCGUCCACGGACGAGGCCACGUGGGCCGCCGUGGCUGCCUGCACCCAGGAGAUCGACAGCAAGGGCCGGAAGCUGGCCAACUCCAUGCUGCAGCGGGCCACGGCCUACCAGCACACGGGCCACCUGGAGGCCAAGGACAUCAACCAGGAAGAGCUGAAGGCCCUCGAGGAAGUCGAGAUGAGGCUGAAAAAGAACUUCCUCAUCCAGCGGGAGAACACCACGGCUGGCGCCAACCACACGCACACUUUCCAUGGCCACGGCCACCCAAGCCACCCAAGCCACCAAAGCCACAGCCUGCCCGACCGCAGCCACUAG